UUGCUUUCCAUCAUGGCUAUCACACAGUUUCGGUUAUUUAAAGUUUGUACUUGCCUAGCAACAGUAUUCUCAUUCCUAAAGAGGUUAAUAUGCAGAUCUGGUAGAGGACGGAAAUUAAGUGGAGACCAAAUAACUUUGCCAACUACAGUUGAUUAUUCAUCAGUUCCCAAACAGACAGAUGUGGAAGAGUGGACUUCCUGGGAUGAGGAUGCACCCACAAGUGUCAAGAUUGAAGGAGGAAAUGGGAAUGUGGCAACACAACAAAAUGCUUUAGAACAACUGGAGCCUGACUAUUUUAAGGACAUGACACCAACUAUAAGGAAAACCCAGAAGAUCAUCAUUAAGAAGCGAGAACCAUUAAAUUUUGGCGUCCCAGAUGGUAGCACAGGCUUCUCUAGUAGACUAGCAGCUACACAAGAUAUGCCUUUCAUACAUCAAUCUCCUGAAUUGGGUGACUUAGAUACCUGGCAGGAAAACACCAAUGCUUGGGAAGAAGAAGAAGAUGCGGCCUGGCAAGCUGAAGAAGUUCUGAGGCAGCAGAAGAUAGCAGACAGAGAAAAGAGAGCAGCAGAACAACAAAGGAAGAAAAUGGAAAAGGAAGCCCAGCGGCUAAUGAAGAAGGAACAAAAUAAAAUUGGUGUGAAGCUUUCAUAACAACUGUUCUUCAGAUGUCAUAGUGCCAGUGGGAGAAAUGCAAGCUCUGCAACCCAAGCAGCAUUUAUAUGGAGCCAAGAGUAUUUUCAGAAUACAAAUACCCUGCUUGAUUUUAAUGCAUUCAUCAGGCAGCCAGGCCACCGGGAUUCUCUCAAAGCCCCCUGAACUCUUAGUGAUUGAGACUCAGAGAACAAAAAAGACUUAUGAGACAAUAUUUUCUUCAACGUGUUCCAAGUGUACGACAAUUGUUUGUUGUAGAGAAAUUAUUACAAAUGGAAUUUAUCAGUACCUCUUCAAGCUAGUGUUUCUAGCUAAUUCAAUGGGUGUAAAUAAUUCUAUGAUGGGAAAGAAUUCUGCUGUCUAUAGUGCUUUCCUUCAAUGUGCAUAAUGUUAAAAUAAAUAAUUUUAAAUAUUCGUUUGUUUCCAUGAUUACCUAACCUAAAUCAGACAGACUUGCAGGGCUUUAACUUCUUAUAUUUGUUGUCAGAAG